AUGGAGGGUGUGAGGGAACUCAAAGUCUUGGCGGCAUUCGAGCUGGGCGAGCUGGCCAUGCAUGCCAUGCAGACCACCAAUCUGCGCAAAACCACCAACAAGGCCAUCCACGAUAUAGACCCCGAGGCAAGGGAUACGCCUCACAUGGACGACCCGACGCACCUCGCACUUAUCGAGUCGCUCAAGGAGAAGCACCGCUUCCCAGACCAGGCCCAAAUCAUCAAGAACGUUAAGGAGCAACUCGUCAACAUACAGAAAACCGUCCCGGGAGGACAGAUGGACACCUACAUCGAGCGCCAGAAGGAGAGCGACGUUAUCCAGAACUUCGCAGCCAACAACGAGGGAAACAUGGAGGCGCUGAUGGACGAAAUAUCGGAUUGGCAGGCCCUGGUCACGGGUUUCACAAGCCUCGACAACGUCGUUUUGCUGACUAUCCACGACUUCGCAAGCAACACCUCGCCAAUGCCAACAGUAGCGCCUCAAAGCCGUGAGAAGCGUUCGGAAUCCCCAUACCGUGAGACCAGAUGA